CAAAUCCUUAUAAAUAAUUGAAUAAAGAAAAGAAUUAAGAAAAUAACAGAUAUUGUAUAAUAACAAAAUGAAUACAAGCAAAAGAAAUUCUUAAGGAAUUCCAUAUAGAUUUCGCCUAGUGUUAUUGUUUGAUGGAAAAAAUUUUAUGGCAAAUAUUAUAAGGAUAUUCUAAAAGAGAAAGAAGUGUAUGUGACCAUUAAUGUGUUCGUUCGUGUGCUUGUAAAGUAGUUAUUGUUGUUCUUAUUUUCUUUGCCUGAAAGAAAAUUGAGAAAAAGAAAACAAACUUUUUUUUUGUUGAAAAAAAGUGCAAAAAACCGGUUAAGAGCAACUCGCCACCGCCACCGCCGCCUCAGCAAAAGCUAACAAGUCUCGGAUUUCAGCGACAACAACAAUAAAAGAAGUAGUAGUGCCGCCGCCUGCCAUCGAAUAUGUUUUUCUGAAUUUGAAAUUCGAUAACGUUAAGUGAAUAGUGUGGUGCCCCCAAAAAAGAAAAAUCUCCACCCAAAUAUUGGAGAAAAAUCUGUAAGAAAAAAAUAUUUAAUUCUAAAUAAUUUUAUUUGUGUGUUAUAACUGCGGCAAUAACAAAAAAAAAAUCCCCAAGAAAAGAGAGUAAGAGCCAGGCAGGAGAGUAACCAUUAGGCGGCUCUCCAUAGCUCAAAGCAGGCGCUUGAGUCAAACAAAAUCGCUCUCACUAAUGUGGUGAAAUAAAUAAAAGAAAGCCCCUUGAAGAAAAAAAGGAAUUUUUUUAGCUUUUAACAACAAAUCAAAACAAAAAACCCUUCCUCGAAUUGCUAGCGUAUGGCUAUUGCAGAGAAAGUAAUUACAGUAAGCUGCUGCUCUACCAACAAAAAAGUAAAGUGAAAAAAUCUUGUUUUAUUAAGGAGCUGAGAAUCGAAAAAAAAAAUACCCAACUCAACUCCAUUUGCAAUAGAAUUCCAAGAGCCUAACAUUUUAUGCUCUCUGGGUUUUUGUAAUCCUUUAAACAAAACCAAAAAUCCCCCCUCAUACAAAGUGUGGGCUCUCAGUGAAAAGUGUGCGGCUCUCUGAGCUCUUAUUCUCUCAAAAAGGGUAUAUCAUCAACAUUCUACAACAAGACCAACAACAGCAAACACAACAUCGUUAUCAUCGUCAUCGUAAUUGUCUUCAUUAUCACCAUAGUCAGAGUCAACAUUAUUCCGGUAUUUCGUUAUACACUGCUCUUCUCGGCACUGCUCUGCUGCCAAAUGACUUUAUAUUAAGAAAAAAGAAGGCAGUGAUUGCAACUCCAUUGGAAUGUGAUUGAGAUAACUAAAUUAUUGCAACACCAAAAUUUUGAAUGUUUGUGGCAAGAUGAAAGACGGAAAAAUGUUUACAAAGCGAAAACAAAUGGCAGGCGUUUCUGCAACGGCUGUUAAAUAAACCAAGCAGUUGGAGAAAACGGAAACAAAACUCCCUGGCCCCAAAAAUUCUUAAAAAAAAAACACCAAACCAAAUCGAAACGAAACAACUCUUGCUGAUUGUUAAUUAUAAACAAUCAAUGCAUGUUGGAAACUCACUGAACAUUUUUUGCCUGCACUAAAAGCAGAAGAAAAAAAAAAAACUAAAAAAAUUCAAUAGAAAAAACAAACGCACACCAACAAAAGAAAAAUAAGGAAUAUUAAAAAAAACAAACAAAAUAAAAUAGAACAACGACUGAAUUGAACUGAUCUACUAAAGAAAACGCCAGAACUGAAGUUUGUUUAUAUUCAGACUUCAUUAGAAUUUAUGCAACAGCAACCAGCACAAUUCAAUAAACAUUAAUUGAAGAAAAACAACAAAAAAACUCGAAAAACAAAAACUCUGUGGGAAAAACACCCAGUUGAACGACAGCAUCCAACACUACAGUCAAGCGACUCUUUGAAAUUUUUCCUCUCCCCCACGUUGCCAUAAAAAACAUUCAAAAUUACGACGUAUCACCCACCCACACCCAAAGUCAAACAAAACCCGGCCAAUAUGGACAGCGGUUCCGGGCCGGGAUUUGACGAUGAACCACCGCCAGAGCCACGGGACGGCUGGCUGCUGGUGCGCAUCCACGUGCCAGAGCUGAAUGUCUACAAAUGCCUGCAAUUUCCCUCCGACAAAUUAGUGUGGGAUGUUAAACAACAAGUAUUAGCCUCAUUGCCAAAGGUGGCUUUUUGGUUUAAGGAACUUAAGGAGAGCUUUAAUUAUGGUCUCUUUUGUCCACCCUCCAAUGGCAAAGCGGGCAAGUUCCUUGAUGAGGAGCGGCGUCUGGGUGAUUAUCCAUUUAAUGGCCCAGUGGGUUAUUUGGAGCUCAAAUACAAACGCCGCGUCUAUAAAAUGCUAAAUCUGGAUGAGCGGCAAUUGAAAGCUUUGCAUACCCGUGCCAAUUUACGACGUUUUUUAGAAUGCAUCAAUGGUGGACAUGUGGAAAAAAUUGCCAAAAUGUGCGCCAAAGGGCUGGACCCUAAUUUCCAUUGUCCCGAAAGUGGUGAGACACCGCUUACAGUGGCUACUGGUGCUAAGAAACCAAAUAAAUUGCUGAUAGCAUUGGUCAAUGGAGGUGCGCUCUUGGAUUAUCGUACCAAAGAUGGUACAACGGCAUUGCAUAGGGCAGUCGAAAAGGAUUCUCUGGAAGCUGUAACCACCUUGCUAGAACUUGGAGCCUCUCCAAAUUAUAAAGAUGGUCGUGGCAUAACUCCUCUAUAUAUUUCCAUAACCCGAAAAUGUGAGGCAAAAAUCACUGAAAGUCUUUUGCAUGAUCAUGCCACACUGGGCACCCAGGACAAUCAAGGUUGGAAUGAGGUCCAUCAGGCUUGUCGUCAUGGUCUUGUCCAGCAUUUGGAACAUUUAUUGUUUUAUGGUGCGGACAUGGAUGGCCGUAAUGCUUCCGGUAAUACACCAUUGCAUGUAUGCGCUGUUAACAAUCAGGAGGCUUGUGCUAGAAUGCUUCUGUUUCGUGGCGCCCAACGUGGUGCGCAAAAUUAUGCCAAUCAAACUCCCUAUCAGGUUGCUGUUAUAGCCGGUAAUCUGGAAUUGGCUGAAAUUAUACAAAAUUAUAAAUCUGAAGAUGUCGUACCAUUUCGCGGACCACCACGCUACAAUCCAAAACGCCGCUCGGGCAUGGGUUGGCUGAGUGCCAAUGGCAGCAUUGGCGGUGGUAGUAGCAUAAUGGGUACAUUGACACGCAACAGCAGCACAUGUGGCCAUCAUGGACCACCAUCGCCGUGUCCUUCUGAGCAUAUGCCAUACAGUUCAGCCAGUUCGAGUUUAUCAGAAGGAUCAUCGAGUCAUCGUUCACAUGAAGAUGAUAUCAGCAUUGUAACAGAUAAAUCACUGGGCGAUACUAGCGACAUUAUCAGCGAUUCAUCGGGUGUUGGCACCAAUUCCGAUUCUGCUGCCUGCUCAAUUGGUCACCCUAGCACAACGGUGGUGUGUAUGGAGCCCUAUGCUGGCAACUCUGUUGGCCAUAUACGCCUGCAGGUUGGCGAUGUCAUUGAAGUUGUUGGCUCCACAGAUUGUGGCCUAUUGGAGGGCUAUGUGCGUGGUACAAAUCAGUCGGGUUUCUUCCCAGCUGAGUGUGUACAAGAAGUUAAUUUGCGCCAAAAGAAUAUCACAAAUGUUGCUACAGCGAAUCCAAAUCACUCGCCCUAUCAACAUUCCCCAGCAGCAUCGUCUGUUCACCAGGGUUCACCGCAAUUGAGUCUAGGUGGCAGUUCAGGAAUUGGUGGCAUGAGCAGUACGGGUGGUACUUUGCCAAGGCCCACACUGAUUCAUCAGUCACCCUCGUUGUCGGUUAACAGUAACGGCUCUACGCAUGCCCUCAAUGGUGGUGCGGUUAGUGACAAUUACGGGUCUAUGAAAUUGGUAGGAAACCAUCAACAACAAGUGGGACAAUACAGCAGUGCUACAGCUCCAAGGGUUAAGAAGAAUGCCUUCAAUGAACCUCGCACUGUGGUCUUGCACAGAGCCAAACGUGGUUUCGGUUUUAUAUUGCGCGGUGCCAAAGCUUCUUCACAACUAAUGCAACUGAAGCCCUCAGAUCGUUUUCCAGCUCUUCAGUAUCUGGAUGAUGUCGAUCCUGGUGGUGUGGCCGACAUGGCCGGUUUGAAACCCGGCGACUUUUUGCUGGCCAUCAAUGGUGAAGAUGUUCGGGCAGCAUCUCAUGAGAAAGUCGUCGAAAUGAUCAGAUCCGCUGGUGCACUGGUGUCCAUGACUGUUAUAUCGCCACAAUUCCCCAAUCAAAUGCAAGCCACACCCCAAUACAUGCCCAGUCAUCAUUUGUCUUCAGGUCCCAGCACACCACAAACCUCGCAUAGGCAGUGUGCCACAUUGCCACGCAAAAUGUCCUUGGGACCGAAUGCAGCAGCUGCGGCGGCAGAAAGGCAAGGUAGACCUGCUCCUCUGCCACCACGCAGGGAUCCUAAAACAACUUUAUCGGUGGGCAGAGCUCGCGCCAAAUCAAUGGUGGCUGGCCUGGAGAAUGGAGGCGAGAAGGAGGACGAUGAUAUACAUCAUACCAAAUCUUCAUCGGUGGAAUCCAUUGUAACGCCUACUCCAACACACCCAGGUACCCCGGUGCAACUGCGUACGGCCAGCAUUAAGGCCAGACCCACAUCAAGUCGCAUUACAGCCGCCGAACUGGAGGAGCUAUUCCAACGCCAACAAGGUGAGGCUGUGGAUAGCGCCAAUCGCUAUUCCACCAUGAUGACCACCUCACGUUUCCAGUCGGGCACUGAUAGUGGAGCAGCCACACCUCCAGCCAACACCAGCUCGCCCCUCAAAGGUCCCAUGGUGUAUGGCAGUGUGGCCGAGAUGAAGCGCAAGACCAAAUCCAAGAAUGGCACUUUAAGGGCCAAGCCAUGUGCCAUACCCACUGUGGGUACAGGAAGUCGAGACUUGAAGAGAUUUCAUUCCACACCAGAUCUUAAUGUCAAUGCCGGAGGCUCCUCGUCUUCGAUAUGGACCGCUGGGGUGGGCAAAGGACAUCUUUCGCAAGACGAUGUGGCCACACUGCAUGCUUCUAUGCUGCGGCUAAAUGCUCCUCUACCUCCGCCAACACAUCCACCUCCUCCACCGCCCUCGGUAGGCCAAGUCAUCAAGGUGGAAACCCGACAAAGCUCUGAGUAUGAGAGCACCAUCUCAUUGCAGCAAAAACUAAAGAAGCGCGUCGAAAAUGAUGCGGUAACAGCGGGAGCUAUUGAUGGCGUUCAAUCGAGUUUUAAACCUUCAGCGAAUGCCAAAAUAUACGCUUCUCCGCAGGAGCUAAUCGCUUGGAAACUGAGGCAAACCCAAGAGAAUCGCCAACAAUCCAGCAAUCAACAGCACAACUCGAAUCAAGGUGGCAUUUAUGCACCCUCUCAUGUUGCCACCGCACAUUCCCAGCAACAACAACAACAGCCACACCAACCACAAAUCAGUCAAUAUGCUCAACCCUCAGUACUGGUACAACAUGUAUCCCCACCAGCAUGUUCGACCAAUGCAACUGCAGCCACUAACAAUACAACGCAGUAUGCAGCUCCUCCAAUGCAAAAUGGUGGCAUAACCCACAAUCAAGUCAAUAACAAUAACAACAAUAACAUUGCAGCAUCAUUACCAGUGGGUCCAGCACCACCCAUACCCGAACCGGACUACAGUCUCAGUGAAUCGGAUGGUGAAGAUGAGAAUUCCAUUUUGGUAGCACGCAAUACAAAACUGAAUGAGAAAAUUGCACUGAUCGAUGUACCCGAAACGAGUGGAAAUAGUCAAGCAAGUGGCAGUAGUUCGGCUUCCGGUUCUGCUUCCAUUUCACAUUCCCUAUCCGUUGAGGAAAUCCAACGCAUUCGCAGCAAUUUGAAAACUUCCAAAUCCUCGCCCAAUGGAUUUGAUAAGAACGAAGAGAGUGCCACCUCACCAAAUGACUCCAACCAGCAGCAACAGAAAGCAGAGGCCAAAAAUGAUAAUGAUGUGGAGAAUAACAACAACAAUAACCAGGAAGAAGAGGGUGACAACAGCUCUUCGGGUGUUAGCAGCGAUCAAGAGGUGCUAGCAGCCGGGGCCCAAGCUAUUGUAGGAGGAGCCAAAUCUACGGAUACCAUUAAGAAGAAGCCCACGGUUACCAUAAACGAAGAACCCAAAACCAUACCCGAUCAUGGUAAAGAUGAGACCGAUAACACAUCAAAACUGCCAAAAACAAUGAAUGCAACAACAACCGCCGCUGCCAGCGCCAACGCUGCUGAAACAGCAGCAACUGUGAGUGCUGUCACAGCAAAAUCACCACCAGCUACAAUGCAAAGCAAACCUUCAGGAAAUCUGCAGCAAUUGGAAAAGACUGCCAAAUCGACACCACCGUUACAACAUAAAAAUCUACAGCCUGUGGCCACAACAACUGCAGCCAGCAUUGAUAAUAAAGUUCACAGUAGUUCACAGAGCAGUUCCAGCAACACCCCAUCUAUAAGUACCACAAAUGUUGCUAAUGCCAAGGCGGCUUUCGAGGCGAAGGCCACCACCACCACGGUUCCUGUAUCAGCGACGCCAAACAUUCCAACGACCGUUACGGUCAAACAAAUGGUGCAGCAACAGCAUGCACCAGCCAUACAACAACAGCAACAACAGAUGUCAUCCAAAGUCAAAACCAUUGUCGUUCAAAGUCAACAGGUGACGGCAAAGGGUCAAGCUGCGGUGGCGGGUCGUCUGGCCCAACCACACAUGAAUCCCAAUCAGAAGCUGCUGGCCACGCAACAGCAAAUUCUGCUGCAACAACAACAGCAGCAACAGCAAAUGGCCCAUCAGCAACAUCUGCAGCAGAUACUGAAGGCCAAGGCAGCAGCUGCUGGAGCGGCCGCCAACACCGCAGCCAUUGUGGCCAAGCAGCAGCAGCAAAUGGCCAAAUCCUCAUCGAGCAUGCUCUCGUCACAAGAAUCCCAGGAGGAACAACGUUCGGAUGAUGAUGGUGAGCUGAGUCCUUCGCCGCCCGCCAAGGCAUUCCAACGCCACAACUCACUGACACGAAAACAAGCUGCCGCUAUUGCCAUGCAACGGGCUACGAGAACAGCGGCCGUUUCAUUGGUGCAAUUACCGCCGCCCAUUGAGGCCGAUAGUGAUUCUGAAAUAUCGAUGAUGUCGAAUUCAAAAUCGACCAUUGCUAGUGGCAGUGGAGUUGCCGCAUCUGCGGCGGUGCCCCAUCCCAGCGUCGAUGGUGGCCUGGCAACAGAGAAUAUUGUGCUGGCACCACCACCGCAAUUCUGCGAUUGCAAUGACAUAAAACACACGCCGCAGGUGCAGCAACAACUGCCACAGCAGCAGCCUCAGGCGCCUACACAGGCUCAGCAACAGCACAUACUGAAAUUGCAGCAACAGCAACGUUUGCACUUGCAACAGCAGCAACAACAACAACAACAGCUUCACCACCACCAACAACAGCAACAACAGCAGCAGCAGCAGCAGCAAUUACAAUACCAACAGUAUCAUCAACACCUCCAACAGCAGCAACAAAUGGCUGCCUUGCAGCAAAUGCAACAAAUGCAUCCACACAUGAUGUCCAUGCAUCAUGUGGCGGCGGCGUCAAACAACAGUGCUGGUAAUGUUGCAACUGCCGCUGCUGCUGCUGCCAACGCGGCCGCCAACGCUGCCAAUAGCACUGGCAAUAUGGGCACUUUAGGACGUGUUCGUAUUGUCGGUACACCCAAGAGUAACAAUCACCAUCGUUUACAUUAAAUACAAGGCUUGAAUGCAACAUUCCAACCUUGUUCUCUUUCUUUGAGUUUUUAUCUGUUCUACAAUACAAUUUUUUGGUUUGGAGCUAUUGGCUAUGUUGAGUUUGUUUUACUUCGUUGAAAAUCUGGCAACUACAAUCUUGGCAUUUGUCAAUCAAGCCAACGGCUUUCGUUUGUUGGCUUAACAUAGCUUUGCACUGUAUACUGAAAGAAAUUUAAAGUUGUAAGUAAUUUUAACCCCUCCUUUAAUUGCUACAAAUAUCAAUUAUUAAAAUAGCCCCCAAAUAGAAAAAAUUUCUCAAUUUAACCUAUAUUCAUUCUUGAAGAUUGAUAUGAUUCCGAAGAAAUACGAAAAUGUGAGUCGAAUAAACCAACUUCAUAUUUGUGAAAACUUAAGAACCUAUAGAUUUAACUUUCGAUAUGACCCCCCUGGAUACCAAUCUCCUGACUCUUCGCCAGAGGUCGCAUUCGCCACUGAAGUCGUAUUUUUCAAACAUUUUCAUCGAAACUCGCUGCCGUAUGUUAUAUAAGCACCCAUUAUCUACACUGAAUACGGUUAACGGUUUUUAUUUCGCCAUUUUCUAAACGAAUUAUUAUGUAGCAGAUUCUUCAAGACGGUUUAUAAACAAAGUUUUGGGCAAACAAAUUAUUUUCAUCUUAUAAUUCACUAAAAACGACUCUUUUUCGUCGGUCCGGACGAUAGAGAAGAGGGUAGGGAGCAACAGCAUAUUCAAUAACGCUCAUGUAUAUCAGCACCCCCCAGAGAAGCACUUGUCCGCACCCAACUACUUGUCGGCUCCAUGUGUAUAACAACUUUUUACCCUACUCCUUCACACACAAAUGUACGCCUGAAGGAUCCUAUC